AAUUUCCGCUAUGACUCGGUGUUGUUUAAAGUGUAAAGAUAUGUGUGGUUAAAUUGCUAUUCAAAUUGCAUAAUACAUUUUUUUUGAUGAAAACGUAUCCGUGAGGUCUGAUCAUUUAUUAACAUAGAUAUUCUCUUUUUUAGUUUUAAUAGUCUAAAGAGGAUUACUAAUGCUGUGUUUUGGAUUUGGUCACGUGACUUGUGACGUGUAUAAAAUAAGACAGAUGCGUUCGCUGAAGGAAGCAUUACUGACCGACCCUAAGUGCAGGUCCCGGGCCCGCCUUCAUCUACUCCCAAGAAAAUUGGAGUCCAUUUUCAAUUGGAUUCCUCCCAUACCAAGGAGGGUGGUUGAAAAUGCCAGCCUAGGGUAGCCACAUGAUGUCGAUGACUAAACUAGCAUCACCAUGACCAAGAAAGUUAGACAGUGGCGGGGAAAGGCUCGGACCACUGCCAGUGUGAUCAAGUCAGUCAACAAGGACACUUUUGCCAGUGCCAUCUGUCCGACCAAUGUUGAGGAACAAAAGCAGAAGUUCCUCGAGUUUGGUAAAACUCCGGAGUUUCAGCACCGUGGUACAGAGACUGAGCUUGAGGAGAUCUACUCAAAACCGCGGUCAGAAAUCCGCUUUGACCUGCUUGGAGAGGCAUUACACAUACUGAAAACAGUUAAAGAGAAGUACGGGGAUGCCGAGAAUUACUAUUCAGAAAUGUACGGUGAGAAAAUUAGCAAGGACGAGGCUACGGACAUUAUUGUGGACUAUCUAAAAGAGAAUCGAAUUGACGGGCAGAUGACUGUGAUCUGGUGUUCAGACUUACCAUGCAGUGGGCGGAUGAUGUGGCAAGGCCCCCAUGUGAAGUACAAGCGUCCCGAGGCCCGUAAAUACUCCAUGUGGAUCAAGGAUUCCAAGGACAACAACUUUCUCCGACUGCACGGGAUUCGCUGCCUGUCUGACCACGAGAUUGGCACGCACUUUUUCCGUUCCUACAAUGACGGUUUACAGCCGUGGUUUGCGGACCGUACACGGUUUGGGUUACGGGGACUUUCCUGCCUCGAUCAACUACGCAGUGAAGAAGGGUUGGCCGCCAUUAACACGAUUCUCAAUGCCAAGGUCAGAUAUCUGUGGGGACCGGCACUUCUCUAUUACAUAGCCUGCAAGGCGACGGAGAUGACUUUCAAGCAGUUGUUUGAACAUCUGUCCAUCUAUGUUGCGAAUCCGGAGUGGCGCUGGCGUCACUGUGUACGGGUCAAGCGAGGCCUCCUCAAUCCAAACGAUAUUGGUGGCUAUGGGAAAGACCAAUGCUACUUUGAAGGGGCAGUGGAAAUCCUACGAAAUCUUGACAACAUUGACUUCAGGGUAAUGAUGAGUGGUAAAGUUUGUUGGGAUGAAAUAUCGCGAGUGAAGAAGCUAGCCAGGCUAGAAUGUAUACAAAUGCCUGCAUUUAUGCGAAAUCAGGAAAAAUACAAGAAGACGUUGAAGCAGAUUGCUCACAUGAAUGGCCUGCACAUGGAUCAUGCAAAGUUCAAAGCACCAUUAGCCUAUUUACGCAGGUUGAAGAGGGGACGAAGAAUAGGUGUGGUCGGAGGAUCGAAAAAGGUGAGAAGAAAAGGGCGAAGGUCUAGUGUUCUGUCUCUCUCUAAAGGUCUGGGGUCUAAGGGGGAGAUUGAGGGGUCUUUUGGGAACUUGGGGUCAGAUAAUGAUGAUGAUGUUGAUGAUGAGUCAGGUCAGGAUUCUGGGAGUGAUGAGGGUUUCUACUUUCAACAGUACAGCCUACAAGGGGAUAAUGACCGGGAACAAGACUUCUUUGAGAAGUUGAAGAAAAAUGUAGGAAAGAAUGGGGAGGAAAAUGAAGUCACAAAUAAUUACAGUAAUUACUACAAAAGUUUAGUCAAUAAUUUUGAGAAUUUAAAAAAGGAUAAGAAGCAAGAAGAGACGAAAGAAGAGUUGGUUGAUGCUGAGGUGAAGUCAUCUGUCAUUUCUUAUAAAAAAUCGACAUUUGAAAACAGAGACUGGGAAAAUGAUUGUGUUAAGACCCAGUACCGAUGUGUAAGUCGUGCAUCUGUUCAGAUGCUGCUGAGUCUUCCUUCAAAUUCUUUAAACUCUAGGAAUCGGAAUUCAAAUGCUGAAGAUGUGGAGUCCAUCCGACCAAAGUCCUAUAUCCAGAGACCACUGUCAAGCUUUGUGCCAAGUCUGGUUCAGGACGAUGAACAAACUGCAGAUCUCUCUAAUUCUCAGGUGCAGGUUUUGUCCAAACCUCCGUGUUUGCCUCUUUCACGAAUCAGCCCACUGAGCACAAGUAUCACAUGCACACCUGCCUCUCAGGAGCACUUGAUUCCCAAAUCUGCCAAUCAAACCUGCACAAACUCUAUCGCAACCCAGCAAUACAACCCCUCUAAUGACUAUCACACAAAACCAGGUGCUAGUGAUUGUCACACAAAACCGGAUGCUAGUGGGUUCCUCUAUCAAGAUAAUGAUGUAUUGACAGAUGACAUGAUAAAGGUUAAUGCAGGGAACCAGGACUGUGACCUUGGACAACCUUCACAAUGUCAAGGUCAGCCUAACAGCAGCAGCAAGCCAAAGCUCCUUCACAGAAGAGUGAAAUCUGCUGCUAACUUACUACCAAAAUUCUGAAUAAAAGUUCAUAUCCUCAUGAUUUGACCAUUUCUGUCACUUCUAGGAAUGCCCUUAAUAAAUCAAUGUUUAUCCUAAUGAGUCAAAAAGGAUUUAUCUGAUUUUGAAUAUGAAACAUGCACUAAAUUUAUUCAAUUAAGUCUCCAUCUGUAUACAGAAGGUUGAAUUUUGAUUGCAUUUGGCAAAUAAGGUGUAUAACUAGUUUGUGAGGAAGUUUUUAUGAUAAUAACUGUUUAAAUUGUCACUGUCUUGUUUUAAAGGCUUGUGAUACAGGGUUCACUCGGUAUGAGCCAAUGCUAUUUUUCUCAGUUUAUGAUAUUUUAGGUCACUUUAUAAUGUCAUUAAAGUAAGCAGAUGUGGUUGCCCUUGUCCAUACUGUGUGGGGUCAACAUCAUUAUGCUUUCAAUUCCUACCAUAUUCACAGGAGCUGCUUGGUCAAUUUUAAAUAAACUUCACAGAAAUUAUCCUUGCGCUGUUUUUUUUUUUCAAAGAUAUGAAAUAAACUUCGAAGAAGCCUUAAUAAAUAGGUAGUUGUCCACAACUUCAAGGGUUAGUCACAAUUGGUAUCUUCAUUGUUUCUUGGUCAUCAACUCCAUUCCCAACUUCAUGCCCUUGUUCACUUAGAAUGAUAUUUUACAACACUGGUACUCGAGUGAGCAAUAAUGAACCAUUAUGGACGGCUUGUUCCUGUGAUAUUUUAAAACACAGGAACUCGGUUGAGCAAUAAUGAGCCAUUAUGGACGACUUGUUCCUGUUAAUUUUUUAUUAUGAAUCAUGCAGCGCUAUAAACAAAAAAAACAUGUGAUGCUUUGUCCUCAUGUAUUAGCUACAUUUGUCCAUUCACCGACUCACAUUUAAGGCCCUGUGUAGGCUAGGAGUUGUUGUGUCCAGAUUUAUUUUACUUGUCAGUGAACAAAAGUAAUCAUUAGUCCAAAUUUGAAGUAUGAUAUUAAAUAAAUAUGAUUGAGACCUCAUGAAGUGUGCAGCAAUAACGAUCUUGGAAUUUGUGCAUCCAACACUGAACACUAUGUUCAUUCAGUUUUCAUAAGAAAUAUGCAAUCUUGUUGUACAUGUAAUUUGUCUUUAAGUGUAGUGUACCUGUUAUGUGAUUGCCUGUUAAUUAGGACUAAUCAACUAAGUAUUAGUAAGGUACUGUUUUAGUCUGUUAAAGUUUGACUUGUGAUAUUUAAAAUCAUGUGCCAAUUUGUUGAUAGUUGCAUAUAACUAUGUUUUGAUGAAUAGUUAGUUACUCUGUUAUACGAGUUGUAGUCACAAUAUUAUGUGUAUCAUAUGUUUAUAUAGAAUCUAAAUGCCAUACAUUUUAAAGUCUAUAUGUAAUGUAUACACCAUACAUGGUCAGGUUUAUAUGUAAUGUAUACACCAUACAUGUUAAGGUUUAUAUGUAAUGUAUACGCCAUACAUGGUCAGGUUUAUAUGUAAUGUAUACACCAUACAUGUUAAGGUUUAUAUGUAAUGUAUACACCAUACAUGGUCAGGUUUAUAUGUAAUGUAUACACCAUACAUGAUAAGGUUUAUAUGUAAUGUAUACACCAUAGAUAUGAAGGUUUAUUUAUAAUGUAUACACCAUACAUGUUAAGGUUUAUAUGUAAUGUAUACACCAUACAUGGUCAGGUUUAUAUGUAAUGUAUACACCAUACAUGUUAAGGUUUAUAUGUAAUGUAUACACCAUAGAUAUGAAGGUUUAUUUAUAAUGUAUACACUAUUCAUGUUAGGGUCUAUACCAUACUAGUCAUAUACUCUGUAUUUUGUGUUUUAUUGUAUUUUGCAUGAAAGAAAAAACAUUAUUAAAAAUUAAAUAUUUCAAACAAUUUUAUUUUUUUGCCAUUUUUAAAGAAACAAGAAAUAUAUUAACUCCAUUGGUAUUUUCUAUCAUUUAGGGCCAUUAAAAAGGCAUACUUCGUUUAUAUGUUCCUUUUUGAGUUUUUCAUGAAUUUUUACUCAUACAAAAUAAAAACUCGCGGCUGGAUAUUUCUCCAUUCUAGGACAAUUGGCUCAUGAGUUUUGAGCGUCGGCUUUUUGUGUAUGCACCAAGCCCAAGAGACUCUUUUAGGGGUUGCGGUUGCUGGCCAUUUAGAUAAACCAUGUGAAACUAACUGUCACAAGUUUGUAUGUGACAUUUAGACCGGUGACAAUGCCUAAAGUAAAUUGGUAACUCGCCCAAUACCUUACCUUCUAAUCUUUUGUUACCACAUAAUCAGAAUACAGAACUUCUUAUGGAAUUUUACUGUAGGUUAUACUUUAGCAUAUGUAAUACACAAUGGGCAGAUGAAAAUGAAACAAUUUAUUGGAAUUCCUGUAAUUCUUGAGUUCUUUAAAGAAUAACUGUGUCUUAUCUCUCUUAAAAUUCAGUAGUCUUUCUUUGCUUUAGUCUUAGCCUUAGUUUAGAUACAUGAGGUCACCUUAGACAACUCUGGGUUUGUGUGUACAUUAUAGCCAAUGACCAACUACAUUACCCAUAAUAACAUUAUUAAUAAAAAUCAUUUAUUGAUAAUAAUCUUAAUACAGUGUUGUGAUUUCUAAACAUUUGAUAGAAAAUGAGAAUACAAAUGAUUGAAUAGGAUUUUGAAUGCUGGUUACAUGUAAAAUGUAAAAUGAGUGUUAUUUUAAGUGAUGUUCUUAUGUGCCAACUAAGUAUUUCUAAUGUCAUAUUUAGUGUUCACCGCCUAUAUUGUUUAUUUCUGGUAGAUAUUAGUUGAGAUUAUGUGCCCUAGCUUUUCUCGAAUGAAGUGCCAAACCAUCGUCUUUAGAGAGGUUGCGAUACAUGAUACAUGACAAUGCGUGCGUGUGUGUGUGUGUGUGUGUGUGUGUGUGUGUGUGUGUGUGUGUGUGUGUCCACAUUAAUGUUUAAUAUCCACUUGAGUCUGAAUAGUUGUUUGUGAAAAUAUGUACUUACAGAUUAGCUGAAACUUGUAUUAAUCACUUUCCUUAUGCUUGGUUACUUAAACCAUAACGAAGUGAAAAUACAUACUGUAAGAACUACUUUUAAAAUCAAUAGUAGUUAUUUCCCUUUGAUCAAAACUGAGUACGUCACUUUUGCAACAGCAAAGCAAAUUAUGUUUCAAUGAAUUUCAUAAAUUCACUGUUACAUUAUCUAUUUAGUAUCUUUGUAAACUGUCCGACUUUGUUAUGCAAACCUUACAGAAAAAUCCCACAACAAUUAACUAAUUAAUAAACUAAAAUACCCCACCAUAAUUAAUCUAAAACUCUUCAAAUGUUAACAAAAAAGCUUAGUCUUCAUGAACUCUUUAGCUGAAAAUGAAACACCUACAUGCAAAUCAGACCUGAAUCUCUGACAUAGAUAAUGAUUAAAUACUAUAAAACAAACUCCAAAAUUUGGAAAACUUUGAUAAUCCAUUUUGUUUAUUGACCUGAGUAUGUUAUUCAGUAAAUGGCGACCAGUGUAAUUUUGGUCAUGUAUUCAUGCACUGUUCAAUUUAAUCUGUUUGUACAUUACCCAGGACCUUUUAUUAUUUAGAACAUAAAUGCAUGAAUCAAAAUUAAUUGAUAAAUGUUUUUAACAUGUUUGAACUGAAGCAUGAGUAUAUAAUUACCUUCGGCGUAGUCUACCUCAUAAGUGAUUAAAAUUGUGGGUGAGAAGCGUUCCAUGAGUGUCAAAAACCAUAACAAAAAAUGCCACUUUUAUAAAACACACAUUAGUUGACAGGGUCCAUUGCCGUAUCAUGACAAAGAGACAAACCAGGAUUAAUUUUAUAAAUUUCCUUCUUAUUUUUUAGAAUGACCAAAUUUCUGUGAUAUACUGUGAUUUGGUUGUUAUGUUUGCGAUACUUACUAGUUACUAGAACUUGCACACAAUAUUUUCGACACCGAUGACAUGACUUCUUCCUAGAAGUGUUGAUAAUGAACAGGAAACGAAUGUAUUGUAAAAGUUCUCUAUUUUCUUGCGUUCUGAUUUUAUAUACACUAUAUUAAAUUUUAGAAAACUCAAAAUAUAAAAUGGAAUAAAUGAAUUAUAAAUAAUUCUUAAGUCAUUCAAAAUAUUGUGCGCUAGUUAUUUUAGUAACGUAACUGUUGGACAUGACUGUAUUUGCUGGACAUGUAUUUGUUUGAAUUUGUAUUUAUUUAUAUUAAUUGUUGUAACAUGUUAUCGUUGUUGUUUUACAUAGUAUUUUGUGUUUUUUUAUUAUAUAUUUGUUACAAUAGAUGUUAAUUUUUUAGAGAAUUUAUUUUGUU